AUGGUGGCACUGCAAUUUUUUUGGUCGCUCUUGGCUCUCUAUGACGUUGCUUAUGCGCUUUCAACAACCACGAUCCGCACCACGUCGGUUACGACAUCUUAUCUGUGUGCAAAAUGCACCACUGUGAGCUUGUCGUCGAGCUCGAGCUCGAGCUCGAGUUCCGCGGUCUCAAGUCCAAGUUCUGUAUCCAGCACAUCGUUCUCCAGCGCUAGCUCAACAGAAACCACUACCAUUCCGUCAACAGUCGUCUUUACGUCUUUUGUUUGCCCAAGCUGCAGCACUAGUGCUCGGGUUUCGACAGGCAGCUCGAUUCCACCUACUACGACAACAGAAACCAAGACUUCUUGUCCGGGACCUUGUACUUUGAGCACUAUGCGUGGCACCACUUCCAGUUUUACAAGUACUUCAAGCAGCACUCUGAGCGGAACCACUUCGAGCACAGCUUUGAGCAGCACUAGUUCUAGCAGUUCCUCGAGCAGCACUAGUUCUAGCAGUUCCUCGAGCAGCACUAGUUCUAGCAGUUCCUCGAGCAGCAUUAGUUCUAGCAGUUCCUCGAGCAGCACUAGCUCUAGCAGUUUUUCAAGCAGCACUGGUUCUAGCAGUUCCUUGAGCAGCGCUACUUCUAGCACUUCUUCUAGCAGCUCCUCGAGCAGCACGACGUCCAGUACUUCUUCUAGCAGCUCCUCGAGCAGCACGACGUCCAGUACUUCUUCCAGUAUUACUUCCAGCAGUUCUUCCAGCAGUCCUUCAAGAACCGUUUCGAGCACCACAAGUGAUCAUUUAAGCACCUCUACAAGCACUUCUUUAAGCACUAGUUUGAGGACUAGUCCAAGCAUUGUUUUGAGUAGCACCUUCUCAAGAACCACUUCAAGCAGCACGCCCUCGAGCGAAACUUUGAGCAGUAGUUCAAGCUCUACUUCAAGCACGACUACGAGCUCUACUUCAAGCACGACUACGAACACUCCUUCAAGCACUACUACGAGCACUCCUUCAAGCACUACUAAGAGCACUCCCUCGAGCACUCCUUCAAGCUUUACUAGUAACGCUCCUUCAAGCUCCACUUCAAGCACUACUACGAACACUACCUCGAGCACCCCUUCAAAAACUAGUUCGAGCACCAUUUCAAAAGCUAGUUCGAGCACUCCUUCAGACACUACUUCAAGCACUCCUCCAAGCUCUACUAGUAGCACUCCUCCAAGCUCUACUAGUAGCACUUCUCCUAGCACUCCUACAAGCUCUACUAGUAACACUCCUUCAAGUACUCCUUCGAGCAGUCUUUCAAGCACUACUACGAGCACUCCCUCGAGCACUCCUUCAAACACUACUUCGGGCCCCACUUCAAGCACAACUACGGUCACUCCUUCGAGCACUACUACGAGCACUCCUCCAAACAUUACUUCAAGCUCCACUUCAAGCAUUACUACGAUCACUACUUCAAGCACCACUCUGAAAACACCUUCAAGCACACCUUCAAACACUACCUUUGGCACUUCAAGCUCCACAACUAGCAUUGAUUCUAUUACCACAUCAAACACUGCGUCUCUCACCACAUCAAAUACUGCGUCUCCCAGCACACCAAACACUCCUUCUGCCAGUUCUUCAGAAAGUACUUCUAAUGGCUCGGGCUCCACACCAGCGCUGAGCAGCACGCCAAUUACACUUUCUCGAUCGAGCUUCACAACUUUGGUCUCAACGACUUCAAAUGUGUCCAACACCGCAAGCCUCAGCUACCCAAUUCCAACUACCGGUACACAGAGUUCUGUUGUUUCAGAAACCACAACUGUUCCGCCAGGUCCAGGUUCAAGCGUCAGCAGUACACCGGGUGCCAGUGGAUCAAGCUCUACACUGAAAAUUUCAAUUAGCACUGGUUCAGACAGCGCGUCUCAAACAACAAUGGCAACAACGCAAUCGUCUUUCUCCACUGCUGCUCCUAAAGAUUUCCCACCUUCAUCUUCGAUACCCAUCAUAUCAUAUUCCGCAGCUGCUUGCAGAUUGCGGAUCCCAAUUGUCUUCAGGCUUGUCCAGGCCUUGCUUGGUUAG